UUGAGGCCGGGUCGCACGGUCGCGAUUUGUCCGAUGGGUGUGAUAUACCGAAAUACCCGCGCAUUAAACGUUUGCCCGACGCGCGACUUACCGGUGCAGCUUCGCACUCCCGCCGGCUCCGCACGCCGGCCACCACGAGUCCUCCGGCCCUUGCGACCCCGAGCCUUGGAACCGCAACCCUCGCCCUUCGCUACCAGCACCCUCAUAGGGAAUGGCUACUACGUCGAGGAGUAGAAGAAAGCAGGAGGAUGAGAAGAAAAGCAAGAAGAAGCAGUCGCCAGUGGACGAGCGGCCCACGGUGCCCGCCCCCAGUGAGGCAAUGCUCAACAACCUCCGAACAGCAUUCGGUCUGCUGGACCGCGACAGCGACGGUCACGUGACGCCAGCUGAGCUGCAGUUCAUGCUGCGGAACCUCGGCAUCGAGGUCAGCGACGACCUCAUAUCGGAACUCAUCAAGGAUGCCAGUAAAACUGGUAAUGGUCUAAUAGACGAGAAUGAUUUCAUGCAAUGGGUGACGAAGAUACAAGCGAUACAAGGCAUGGACGUCACCACGAGUGGGGGGGACUCCGAGGAGGAGAUUACUCGGGACUUACUUGCAGCGUUUAAAGUGUUCGACCGGGACGACAACGGGUACAUAACGCGGGACGAGCUCCGGUCCGCGCUAGAGAUGAUCGGCGAGCCGGUCACCGACGCGCAGCUCAACCAAGUGCUCGCGCUCGGCGACAUCGACCACGACGGCCGGAUCGAUUACGAAGAAUUUGUGAAAAUGUUGCUGUAACCUCACCGAGCAAGACCUCACUAGAAUUAAUGCUGUAUUUAAAGACAUUUUCACGCCGUCAAGUGCUCCUGAUGGCUGAUCCUCCGUGAAGAGAUGGUCAUUGUGGUCGAUCAGGCGGCGGUAUGUUUCUAGGGAACUCUUCCAUUUAAUUUUAGACUUUAUGUACAAGAUCGAUAUGGUCGAAGAUCUUGAUUUAUAUUUUUGAGAAACAAACGUUUGCUAAAUUAUUUAAGACACUAAAGUGUUCUUUUUUGACAUAAUGUUUUAAAUGAAAGUUUACCUUGGUAUUUUUUUAAAAGCAGUUUUUAAAUACAAAAACUACACCAAUAUUAUAUUAUAUCCAUACACUUGUACAAUGGAAGAGAUUAUUAAUUACUUAUUUAUUAUACUAUCUGUAUAAUUA